AUGACGGUCACAGACACUUCCAAACCAGCUAUGAAGCCUACAAGUAAUUAUUUUUUGGACCAAGAGUUAAUGAAAUUGGUGCCAGGUUAUCUCAACGAUGCUACAGAGACCCCAGAGCCUGUUCUUUGUGAAACAGAAGGCAAUUGGCCAAGUUGGAUUGAAGGCUCUUUGGUUAGGACAGGUGGUGGUAGAUACACUAUUCCGUUAUCUGAAGAUGGAUCCAAGCCGCCUGCAAUUAUGCAACAUUUUUUUGAUGUUUUGGGUAUGCUGCAUAAGUUUGACAUUUCCAACGGGAAAAUCAGAUACAACUCUCGUCACAUAGCUGAAGGUGUCGUUCGCAAGGCAAAGAAGGAAGGGAGAGUAGUCAACACUCUCAGUUUUGGCUCCGAUCCCAACACCUUACUCACAGAGACUCAAGAUCCUUGUCAGGCUCUUCUUGGAAAGCAACAAGCCAUGUUCAUUCCAAAGGGACAUCUGCAGCCGGAUGAGCUGAAUCUUAAUGUGACAGUACGUCGUGGAUUUUCCUUGCCCGAAAACGAUAAUCCGUACUCCAAGCCAGAAGCAGCCAACCCAGCUACGGAUGAAUUGGUGGUGCAGACAGAAGGUCCAUAUUUUCAGGUUUGUGACUCCAAAAGUUUGGAACCAAAAAGAAUAUUGAGGUAUUCAGAGGUUGAUCCGAAUUUGAAAGGUAUGGGCACAUGUGCUCAUCCUGUCAAGGACCGUACCAAGGGUGAAAUUUACAACUAUUUGGUCACAGAGAGAGGGGAGCUUACUAUUUUUGCCCUGGACAUAAAAACGAAGCCAUCGAAGUUGAUAUGGCAUACGGUAUUGCCUUCGGUGCCAUGUUACUGUCAUUCUUUAGCAAUGACGGAGAAGUACGUCGUUUUUGUGAGAAACCCAAUCACGUUAGAUCCCGCUGAUAUGCAGAACAAGUCAUUUUUGGAUGCUUUCACUUACAAUUCUGAUUGUCCUGUAUUUUUCUUUGUUUUGGAGAGAGCCUCUGGUAAGCACAUCGCAACUUAUAACUGUCCCAAUUUCAUGUUCUUUCACUCGGUGAACGCAUAUGACUUUGUGGAUGAGGAGACGGGUAAGGAAAAUAUCUGCGUCGACUUGGUAAGCUAUGACGGGUCAGAAAGUCAAAUUGUUCCAUUCAGAGAGUACAGCCUGAGCAAUGUGAUCAAUCCUAUCAAGCCUUUCGAGCAAUCCUACUUAAUCAGAUACGAGUUGAACGACGUGUUGGGCCCCAAAGCAGCCGCAAGUACUAAAGUGUUUGUGAACGAGCAGACGACCGAAGUUCCAAGAGCUUAUGUUAGACAAGCGAUUGACCAACACAUUGAGCUGCCCCGAAUCAACACAUCUUUCUCCUGUGAUUCAUCGUACCGCUAUGCCUAUGGAGUCGGCGGUACUGGAAAGCCUUCUCCAGGUACCAGAAUCCCUAUUGGACGUCAGGGAAAUGGCGUGAAGUUUGUUGAAUUAGCUUUCUUCGCCUCAAUCACAAAGACGGAUUGGGAAACUGGAACCUCCAUCAGUUGGCAUCCACCUAAUGGUGAGAGUUGUCCUUGUGAGCCAAUAUUCGCUGAGAAUCCAGCAAAACGGUGGGAGGACGAUGGAUGUAUUUUGACGAUUGUUAUGGACAGAGACGGAAAACAUAGUAUACUGGUUUGUCUAGAUGCCAAGGAUUUAAAAGAGAUUGCCAGGGCCCAUUUGCCUCAAACAUUUUCGUUGGCUCCGCACGGAACUUUCGUUGACGGAGUUUCCAUGUUUCCCUCUGCCCUGUGA